AUGAUGGGUGCUGUCCCCACUAUUGAUCUUACAGGAGAAACUUUACCUUCUAGCUCACCAUUAAAGAGACCCAUCGAAGAUGAACAGUCCUCACCACCAACUGAUAACGGAAAUAAGAGGCAAGAAGUGAUAUCACUUUCAGAUGAGGAUGAGAAUGAUGAUCUUAAUAAUAACGGUAUUGAGAACGGGAACCUUGAUGGAGAUCAGAACUUUAUUCAGAAUGCCAUUGUUAAUGUCAACACAGCUGCAGGUACAUUGAGUGCUAAGGAUAAAUACGAUAAAGUUAUUAGAGAACUGAGGAGUGAUAAAAGAAGGAUUAAAGAUGCUUUAGAAACAUUGCAAACUACAAGUGCAGUUCUGAACAAGAAAUUGGCACAGAGAGAGAGGGAGGUUUCAGAAGCUGAAAAGAAAUGGGGGCUACUAGUGAAAGUUCAGGCAACUACAACGACUCAAAAACUGUUAACCGAAGAAUCUUUUAACUCACUAGAGAGGCUAAGACAUAAGAGAAAUGCGACUAGAAACAAAUUGGAAAAUGUUAAAGGUAGGUUAAAUGUAACAAUGGGAGAAUGGGAUGAAUUCAUAGUACAAAAAAAUUUGAGGUUACAUAGUGUGGGCCAAGAAUUAGAUUCGGAGAGAAGAGAUAAAUUUGUAUCAGGAACUGUUAUAGAAAGGCAACGAAUAUUAAAUCAAAUGAAGGAGUUAGAGCAGGAUUUAAGAUUUGGUCGUAUUUCACCAUUAGCGUUUAUCAAGGCUAGAAAUGAUAUGCAAACGAGAUUAGAUUCACUAGAUGUUAACGGUAAGGGUGGUGUGCCCGUCGAUAAUGGUUUUGAUAGAUCCUUAAAUACCGCCGUGGAUUUACUACAGAAGAAUGAAACUAGGUCUCUUCCGGUUAAACGACAAUUAUACCAACAGAUGGAUGUCCUCAAAAGGUUUAAAAUCAACUUUGAAAAUGGUGCAGCUUCAGACAUUUUACAAAGAAGUAGAGUCAGGGAUGCGGCAGAAUUUUUAUUUCGUGAUGGUGUUAAGAUGCCCUUGGUUUAUGAAACUUUACAAGAUUAUGGUAUUCAAUUUAGAGAUAAUCGCCUUCUUACAGUGGAUAAAAGAACGCAGUAUUAUAAAAGUAUCGAUGUGGCUAGAGAUUUGGUACGCAAUUCCAAUAGAGAAUUAUCGGUUAAGGCACGUAUCAUAGAAUUACUCAAUAUUCUUAAAAACUUGAGGCAAUACAUUGAUGCUGGUCUACCUCCUACAACAAUUCUCAAACAGCAGGUGGGUAAAGCUGUCAUAGAAUUGAAAGAUCAAGGUUUGAAAAUGAAUAAGUUAUAUGAGAAUUUAGCGAAGUAUGGUAUCGCUACUUCGGUUGAAGAAUUGAAUAACCAGAUGCAAUUUCAAAAUCCAGCUGACAUACCGGUAAUGGUUCCAGAUUUUUUCAAUUGGGAUACAGAUGCACUUGAACCAGAACCAGAGGCAACACAGUCUUCCAGGUAUCUGCCUAAUAUAUCCAAUAUUCAUUCUACGGAGGAUCAGGAACACAUCCGAGCUCUUUUGGAAAACGUUAAGCAGGAUGAAUCUGAAAUCGAAGGUGAAACCAUGACUCCCGAGGAAUUAACAGUUAAUUUGAUGAAACAUCAACGUAUAGGUUUACAAUGGUUGUUGAAUGUGGAAAAAUCAUCAAAGAAAGCUGGUAUUUUGGCUGAUGACAUGGGGUUAGGUAAAACUGUUCAAGUAAUAGCUCUUAUGGUUUCUCAUAGAUCAACUGAUUCCACUAAAAAGACAAAUCUAAUAGUGGGGCCAGUUUCCGUCUUAAGAUCAUGGCAAGGUGAAAUUGAGACUAAAAUGAAAAAAAGUUCCAAUUUCAAAUGUUUCAUUUAUGGUGGAACCAGUGGUGCGAAGGUCGAUCGUUGGGAACAGUUAGCUCGUUAUGAUGCCGUAUUGAUCUCAUACCAAACAUUAGCCAUAGAAUUUAAAAAGCAUUGGCCCCAAAGAUUAAGUGACACAGAUGCUAAACGCAUACCACCGGUACCGCAACUGAGCGCACUGAACUCAUUGAAAGAGCGUAGAGAAUAUUGGUCACCAUUCUUUUGUAAUGAGUCGGAUUUUUACAGGGUCAUUCUUGAUGAAGGUCAAAACAUUAAGAAUAAAAACACGCAAUCUGCUAAGGCAUGUUGUACUUUGAGUUCUGUUUACAGGUGGAUUCUUUCAGGUACUCCAAUUCAAAAUAAUAUGAGUGAAUUGUAUUCAUUAAUUCGUUUUUUGAGAAUCCCGCCAUACCACAGGGAAGAAAGAUUCAAUGCUGACAUUGGAAGACCUUUAGCUACUAAUAGGAAUGAUCACUACAGUAACGAGGAUAGGAAACGCACUAUUAACAAAGUAAGAAUCCUUUUGAAAGCUAUUAUGCUACGUAGGUCAAAGACUGAUAAGAUUGAUGGUAAAUCCAUCUUAGAAUUGCCGCCCAAACAGGUUAACGUUGAUGAAGCCCAGUUACAAGGUGAUGAAUUGGAAUUUUAUACCGCUUUAGAAAGUAAAAAUCAAAAAUUGGCUCGUAAAUUGUUAGAACGUAGGGUGAAAGGUAAUUAUUCUAGUGUUUUGACAUUGCUAUUGCGUUUAAGGCAAGCAUGUUGCCAUCCGGAAUUGGUCAGAACGGGUGAACUAAAGGCUGAAGGUGCUAGGGUCGCUAAUGGGAAGUCUUUUGCAAAUGAUUGGUUAAGAUUAUACGACAGAAUUUUAAGAAUGACAUCUGAAGAAAAGGAAACUGUUUCUAGUUCUGCCGAUGUAAUGAUCUGCUUCUGGUGUAUGGAGCAACUGGAGCCUGAAUCCUCAUGUGUACUUACGGGAUGUGGUCAUUUACUGUGUGAAGCAUGUGUGGAACCGUUUGUGGAAGAAUCCGCCAAUUAUCCUAAUGCCGAAAGGGAUAACAGAGGACUUGCCAGUGUUCCUUGUAAGAAAUGUGGUAAAUUGACCAAAGAGACGGACGUUGUAUCGUUUAUCCUUUACGAUCAAGUCGUAAAUCAAGGAUUUACCCAAGAGGAUCUUCACGCUGAAUAUCAAAGAGAGAUGGAAAGACAAAAAUCAAGACUACAAGGAACUCGUGGGCCUGUCAUGGAAAAUUUGGUACCUUCUACCAAGAUGCUUCAAUGUAUGAAAUUAGUUCGUAAUGUCGUGGAAAAAUCAGAUUUUGAAAAGAUCCUAGUGUUCUCACAGUUUACUACUUUCUUCGAUCUUUUCGAGCAAUUCCUAAGCAAAGAUUUGCAGGUGUCUUACUUGAAAUAUACAGGGAGUAUGAAUUCUCAGCAGCGUUCAGAUAUUAUCAGCAGGUUUUAUCGAGAAUCCGAUAAAAGGGUCCUGUUAAUUUCAAUGAAAGCGGGUAAUUCCGGGCUAACGUUAACAUGUGCUAACCAUGUUAUCAUUGUAGAUCCAUUUUGGAAUCCAUUUGUGGAAGAACAAGCACAAGAUCGCUGCUACAGAAUUAGUCAAACAAGGGAAGUCUUUGUUCAUCGUCUUUUCAUUAAGAACAGCGUUGAAGACAGAAUUGCUGAACUACAAAAGAGGAAAAGAGAUAUGGUUGAUGCUGCAAUGGACCCAAGCAAGAUGGAUGGUAUCAACAGGCUAGGAGCUCAAGAACUAGGAUUUUUAUUCGGCUUAAACUCAUUAUAA